CUCACCCUACCUCACAUACAAAACAAAGCAAUUCAGACUAAACUUAUAUACUAUGUGCUUAUACAUAUUCAUUUAUGUUUCCUAUAAGCUUCCUCCCACUUUAAAUUCUUAAAUUCUACGUCACUAUACUUCAUAGCACAUGCUUCACUUGUUGUUAGGGGGUCUUCAGUCUUCUUUUGGUGGUCUUUGGAUGAAGGUUUACACUCAUCCUCGUUGUCCUCUGGAUGGCCUCACAGGUUUGCACAUGCAUACUAAGCGUUGUGUUACUCUUGCUCUUGUGGAAGCACAGGCCUGAAAUGCUUCUCUGGUCAUCAGUUUCAGGGGAGGUUCAAAAGCUGUGCCCUGAAGCAAGGAAGUCUGAGUUAUUGAAAAGAAAUUAGAGAGCAAGGCCACUUCCUGAUGCGUAUACUUGCAGGAUCAGCAUAGGAAAGGCCCAGGAGCAAGAGAAGGCAGGCCCUGCAAAUGCCAGAGUCUUCCUGCAAAAUCUGAAGAUUCAUUGGAAGAACCUUAAAUGGGAGUAGAUUUCUGUGUGUAUAUCUUCAGGGCAGAGGGUUGUUAAAAGGAAUUGUCAUCCAUAACUAUGAAAAACAACAUCCUGUGAGUUUGUUUCAAGCUCCGUGCCUCAUCACUUCCUUCAGAUAAGCUGUGCUCCAAUCUCUCCUGGGGAAGGCUGGUGUCCUUGCAGAAACAUGGCCUUCCAUGGCUGGAAGUGGCUCCUCCUUUUGGGCAGGCAGAAUACCCUUGCAAAGGUGUGGAGAAGCAGGAGGGGAGGCCCCUCUCUGUGCUGGAAGCGCUGCUGCCAUUGGAGCACAGGCAAGUCUCUGGACCCUGAGGUGAGGGCUUUUUUGGAGGAGAACACCGAGGUCACCAACAGCGGGCACCUCACACCAGAGAUCCGGCUGCGCCUCCUCACCCCUCGCUGCAGGUUCUGGAGAGAAAAACCUGACCUGUGGCCUUAUGGGGACCCUUUCUGGGCAAUUUACUGGCCAGGAGGCCAAGCCCUCUCCAGGUACAUUUUAGAUAAUCCAUGUGUGGUUAAAGGGCGAUCAGUUCUGGAUCUUGGAAGUGGAUGUGGAGCAACAGCAAUAGCUGCUGUGAUGAGUGGUGCAUCCCAUGUCCUUGCCAAUGACAUUGACCCUAUUGCAGGAAUGGCAAUGAUCUUGAACUGUGAACUGAACCACUUGAAUCCCUUCCCCAUCACCAUUAAGAACAUCAUCAAUUCAGAGGCUGGCAACUGGGACCUCAUCGUUCUAGGAGAUAUGUUUUAUGACGAACAACUUGCUGAUGGUCUGCAUCACUGGCUGCAGAAGUGCAUCAGGAUUCACCAGACUGAAGUGCUGAUUGGUGACCCUGGCAGGCAUCAGUUUCUAAGCCACAGCAUUCACAGUCAGCUGCACAAAGUUAUAGAAUAUUCACUGCCUGAGUAUACGAGACAAGAAAAUUACGGGCUAACAUCAAGUAUCGUCUGGAGUUAUCAGCCCUCCAACGGCUUAGACGACUCUUGAAGCUGCCUUUCUAUGGGAUUUUGUCUCACUUGGUUGGCUUUCUGCAGUUAUAUAAAAUGAAAAUGGAAUUAAACAGAGAAAUUAUCUGUUAAAGUAAAGCAGCUUACUGUACCUCCACUGGACUGAUUUCAAUCAUACUGAGGCUUUUGCUCAAUUUGAGGUAAAAGCUACAUGCAAACUGUGUUCAAAGGGACCUGCACUGAAGUGCAGAUCUACAAACAACUUACAUGUAGGAGUUUGCAUGCUUGAUGUUUCCCAUGUAUAUUUGUGUCUUGCUGACAUUCCUGUGAAAUGUUUUGGAUGUCCAGCGUAAGACUGUGGGGAGAGGGCUGUGGCUGAAGGACUACUUCACUGCUUCCACAGGCUUUUGCAGCUUAUUUAUAGAAAAUUUCUAAAUAUAGAAAAUUAUUGCUGCCCUCCAUAAAAUUCUCCACUAGAUUAUUAGCUCGUAAUAUGCUCAACUUGAAGUGCCUUGCUCUUUUUCUGGGUAUCUCUUCUGAAUGUCAAAGUAACUAAAUUGAAUCCCCCCCUUUCCCUCUAUAAUAAAAAUUUCCUCUUCCUUGAAACUGCCAGAGUGAUUGUGUAGGAGUUGCACCCAAAUCUAAACUCUGCUUCUUGACUGCCAGCCAGUGUAAAAGCUUUAAUAAAUGGAAAGUGAAUAAAUAGUACCAGCUAUGGGGUAACUUCAUCCCCUUGAGAGUAGGGUCAACUGAUCUACAUUCCCUACAUUACCCUUUGCAAGGGUAAACCAAGCAAUGUCACCUUGGGAAGCUGCUGAGGGAUGAAGUCUUUACUUCUGUGACAAACGGAGGGUAACUAAAUAAAAACUGAAUAAAAGCCUGAUAUAAUUAUUUUGCUCUUCUCUUGAGGAGAUGCUGGACAAACUCCAGAAUCAUUCUCAGUUUUAUCUGCCAACUAAGAACCAGUUUCAUCUGCCAAACAUGAUAAAAAAAAUAUCUGAUCCUCAGGUAAAAUGUUGUAACUGUAGCCAUUUGAAGAAGCAGCCAGUCUCAGAGCAGUCUUACAGAAGUGUCAACUUUAGCAGUCAAUUAUUGAACAAGCAGAGAGGGGGAGCUAAUAGCUGCACCAUAGAACACAGUGCACCUACAAGUCUCCCAAUACCAGCUGCUGUGGUGGAAGCUUACAAAUGUGAAAGAGUGCGUGGCACUCACUCAGAAAAUCAUGGUAUUCAUGAAGUAGAAGGUUUAGGAGCACAGUCAGAUGUACAUGGUUCUAUAAUCCAACAAGUUUUCAGAACUCUCCAAACAGCCAA